CUCCACCACUCGUCCGCAGCACCACCUCCGCACCAGAUCACAGACAACUCAAUAUCUCCCUCAAACAACCACAGUAUUCGGUUUUCACUGCCAAGGACCACUGUCUUAGCUAUACACUCAAUUCGAGGCAUCGAAGAGGCAUCGAAAAGAGCACCUGAUACUUGGGUUUCCUGUGGAUUGUGCACCUUCUUAACCAAGACCGGUAGCGCUAUUCGAACAUAAUUAGACGGGACUUAUAUCUCCCUCAUUGCAGUCAACACGCGCAGUGACUCCGACAACACCGGCUGCUCAUCCACAUCUACCACCCCACUUAUCCAUCCACACGAACAAGAUGGCUCAAAUAAACUACCGCACAAUCAACAUUGAUGUGCUCGAUCCAGAGUCAUCAGUCAAUUUCCCCAUGAACACUCUCCUUCCAGCCAACCUUCCAGAACCAACAACCUCCGCAGGCGCAGCUUCGGUCGCCCAACAGGUCCGUCAAAUGCUCAGAGGCGGUGACCCGGAAGGCGCUCUUCGGCAUGUUCUCGACACUGCCCCCUUAAGCGGCGAUGCGCAGGCAAAGGAAGUUCAUCUGGCAACAGUGAUCGAAGUUUUACAAGGUAUUCGACAGGGUGAGAUGCUUAAGGUUUUGGAAGGUGUACUUGCUGGUGAGGGAGGUACAGACCGUGCGGAUUGCUUGAUGAAAUACAUCUACAAGGGUAUGGCAGGACAGUCAUCGACAGGAGGUAACCAAUCACCCUCCUCGCGCAAGACCCUUUCCCCACAGGCUACUGGCUCUGGCUUUUCACAAGUGCAAUCACGGAACUUCGGCGAAGGAGGUGGCGGCCAACAGAUGAGCGUUCUUCUGAACUGGCAUGAAAAGCUUGUUGAACUAACUGGCCAUGGAACAAUUGUACGGGUCCUUACUGAUCGACGGACGGUAUAAUGAGUACAUUACGCAAAUGAUAACGUUGGUGACGAGUUUGAGGCUGUCUGACUACUAAAUCCAUAUCGACUUCUGUUUAGCCACAAAAUGUAGAUCUUUAUGCUUAUUUUGAAGGUGAAAUUUUUUGCCAAGGUGUUAUACUACAAAUUACAAUAACGG